UAGUAGAGCUGAUUGCUGCGUCUCGAGCAGCACGAUGGAAUUUUUGAGUUUCGAUGUGACGAAGAAAACGCUCGCGUUGAAGAAGGCCGCGGUCCCUGAACCGAAACCGGACGAAGUUCGAGUUAGGGUAGCAUACGCUGGAAUCUGUGGAACCGAUCUUCACAUAAUCGACGGAUCGUUUCCAUGUAAGAAGGAAGGUUUCUUGACUCUUGGCCAUGAAUUUUCGGGCGUCGUGGACGCAGUCGGUUCGCAUGUCAAAAGCUUGAAAGUUGGCCAAAAUGUCGUUGUCGAUCCCAAUAGCGGUUGCAACACGUGCAAUUACUGCCACGGCGGGAAUUACCACUUUUGCAGCGCCGGUGGCAUAAACCAUACAGUGGGAAUCUUCAGGGAUGGGGGAUGGUCCACCCACGCAAUUGUUCCUGAAUCGCAGGUCCAUUUGUUACCCAAGGGCAUUCCGAUGCACAUUGCUGCACUCACCGAACCUUUAUCGUGUUUAGCUCACGGAUGGGACAAGAUUAAUCCUGUUCACGUCGGUGAUAAUGUGCUUGUAAUUGGUGCUGGAAUAAUUGGCCUUCUAUGGUCCUGCUUGUUGCAUUUGCACGGGCUCAGAAAAUCCGUGACGAUCAGCGAACCUCAAGAGAAACGACAGGAGAUGGUAUCUAAACUCAAUCUAGAUUACGAAAUAAAAAGACCAGAUCAACUGAAAGAAGGAUUCGACUUGGUCGUCGAUUGCAGUGGAUCAGGCCCAGCUAUGGAAGCAGCUGUGCCUUUGUUGACUCGCGGUGGUCGUUUAUGUGUGUUCGGUGUUGCCAGUCCUACGGCGAAAUUGACCCUCGAGCCUUUCCAGAUUUACAUGAAGGAGUUAAAUAUUGUAGGUGUAAAUAUAAAUCCUUUCACAUUCCCAAAGGGAUUGGCUUUAUUGAGCGCGAUGGCCGAUAGGUAUCUUGAUUACGGUAAGCUAGGUAUUAAGAUAUUCCCUUUGUCUGAGUACCGCGAUGCCUUAGCAGCGCUGAAACGAGGGGAUAUCAGUAAAGCAGUUUUCAAAUUAUAAGAAUGUCAAGUGGCAAAACGAAAUAAAGAACAUACAUUACUUUUUAA